AUGUUUAAACAGGCAAUAUAUGUUAAAUCAAUCGUAAAUAAUCUAACUACAAUACGAACAUUAUUUCUUUAUAAAACAUCGACAAUUAUUAUUAUUAUUUUAUCAUUAUUAAUCGUACAAAUAACAAACGUAUUAUCCGAUCAUAUAAUGAAUUUUUCUGGUGCAACUUAUACUCAUGUUGCUUAUGAAUCAUGGCGACCUUGUCUAAAUGGCUAUGUACGAUUUGAUAUACAAACAAAAGCAUUAGUGGGAACAUUGGCUUAUAUUGAUGAUAAAGGAAAAUAUGAUUUUUUUUAUUUAAAAUUAGUUGAAGGUAAAUUACGUUUAUUAUUUAAUUUGGGAAGUGAAAGACAAGCAUUAAAUGUUGAAUAUGAAAUAAAUGAUAAUUAUUGGCAUACAAUUGAAAUACGACGAUAUGGACGUAUAACAUCGUUAAUUGUUGAUAAUGGUAAAGUACAAAAUUCUACAAUAACAGAAAAAGAAGAUUUAUAUUUUGGUGGUUCAACAGCAAAUGAAUAUCAAUCAUCAUUAUUCUAUUUUGGGGGUAUACCAACAAUGUUAGAAAGACAUAAUUACGGUAAUUUAUCAUCAUAUGAUGUUUAUUUACAACCAAGAUUUAAGGGUAAAAUGAGAAAUAUUGUUUAUAAAAAUUGUACAAAAAAAUUAGUUAAACCUGUUCAACAACGAAUGGAAGGUGUAUCAUUAAUUGAUGAUAAUAAUUGUAAUCAUUCAAAAUGUAAACAUGGUAUAUGUAUGAUAACAGAUGAUAGUUAUUGGUGUUUAUGUGAUGAAACAUUAGAAGGUCUUACAUGUGAAAAUAAAAAAAAAUCAAAUGCAUUAACAUUUAAAGGUAAACAAUAUUUAUCAUAUAAAUUAAUAAAUCCAAUUGAAUCAUAUGAUAAUGAAACAUUAAGUUUUGAAUUUAAAACAAAUAAACAAUAUGGUCUACUAUUUUAUGGUAUUAGUAAUGAUAAUGAAAAUCAACGUUUUCUAAUUUGUUUUGAACGUGGUCAUCUUUUAAUUGAAUAUCGUUUAAAUUCUAAUGUAUCAUUGGAAUGGCGUCCAAUAUUAACAUCAACAGGAUUAACAAAUAGUUUAAUAACACCUUUAACAAAUGGUGGAAGUAAUAAUGAAUUAAUAAGUACAACAAUAUUUAAUUGGAAUAAUGGUGGUAAUGGUGGUAUUACAUUAUCUGAUGAUAAAUGGCAUCUAUUACGUAUAACUCGUCGACAGACAGUAUUAGAUUUGAUAUUGGACGAUGAAUAUCAUGUUACUACAACACAUGAUCAAUCAUUAAAAGGUCUAUUAAAAAUAAAACAAAUUUAUCUUGGUGGUACAAUAAAUGAAUUAGAACGUUCAAUGUGUAAUUAUAAAUUUCAAGGUUGUCUUAAAAAUAUUAUCUAUUCAAUUGAAAAUAGACAGUUAGAUUUAACUAAAAUAUAUUUAAAUAAUGAAUCAUCAAUAAAAAUAAAUUCAUAUGGUAAUAUUAUAAAAGAAGUAUGUGAAACAAUAAUGGAAUCAAUUACAUUUUUAACAUCAAAUUCAUAUUUAACAAUUGAUUUAAUUAAUGAUACUAAAUGGAAUAAAAAUUAUGAUGAACAAAUUGAAUUAUCAUUUCGAACAAUAGAAAAUCAUGGUGUUUUAUUUUAUGCAAUUGGAACUUCUAAUAAGUUAAAUCAAAGUUUUUUUGGUCUUGAUUUAUUUGAUGGAUUUUUAUAUUUAACAAUUAAUAUUGAUAGUAGACGACGAAGUAUGUCAAAAAGAAGAGAAAUAACAAAUAGACGAUAUAAUGAUGGAAAUCAACAUCAUAUUCGCAUUUUUAUAAGAUAUCAUACCGGUGGACUUGAUAUAUCAAUAUUUAUCGAUCAAGAAAAUGAAGUACGAUUUUCAAUAGUUAGUAAAUACAAUAAACUUCAUCUAAAUUUAUUGAUUAUUGGAGGCAUUGAUCCAUCUAUUCAAAUGAUGCCAAAUGAUUUUUGGUCAGGUACAAUUAAUCGAGGAUUUAUUGGAUGUAUAUCUGAUUUUGAAUUAACUGGUGUAGCUCUGAAUUUAACACAUUAUGUUUUAUUAAAAAAAUUAUCAUCUGGUAUUAGUCGUGGUUGUAUUGAAAAUAGUGGUUUUAAUUAUUGUCAACCAUCGUUAUGUUUAAAUGGUGGUGAAUGUCAAAUAAGUUGGAAUCGUUUUCAAUGUGAUUGUUCUAAAACAAGUUAUACAGGAUAUUAUUGUGAACAAGCUGCAUAUCAAUUAGAAAUAGAAAAAUAUGAAAAUUUUGAAAUUAAUACAGAAUUAAAAUGGACAGAUGAAAUUAAUGAUAUUACAUUUCGAUUAAAGGCUAAUUAUGAUCAAGAAAAUUUUUUUUCCAUUCGUCCAUGUUCAAUAACAUCAUUCCAUUGUGAUGAAAUGCUCAAUUUUUCAAUUAAAAAUGGUUUAUUAGAAAUUCGCUUCAUGUUAAAAUAUUAUAAUUAUAUAAAUAUAACAAAUAGUCGAUUUAUUCUUGAUCAAAAAUGGCAUUUUAUUCGUUUUCAACGUUUUGAUCAAAAAAUUUUAUUCUAUGUUGAUGAUAAUGUUAAACAAACUGAAAUUAAAAAAUUAAUAAUUGAAAAUGAUAUAGAAACAUAUCCAAAAACAAAAAUAUGGCUCAGAUUUUUAGCUCAAAAAAUAAAAAUAUCAAAUCUUUUAAUUAAUCGUUAUUCAAUAUUUUCUAAUCGUACAAUAAAAUUAAAACCUAUAAGAUAUUUUAAACCACAAAAUCCUGUUUCACUUAUUGAUAAUUAUUCAUAUUUUACAUUAAAUUUAGCUAAUAUAUUUGGUAUAUAUUUUGAAUUAAUUACAAUGUCAUUUGAUUUUCGUACAAUUGAUAAAAAUGGUUUAAUUUUUUAUGCUAAUAUACAAAUGAAUGAAGAACAUGAUGAAAAUGAUUAUUCAAAAAAAAAUUAUUUUAAAAUACAAUUAAUUAAUGGUCAAAUUCAAUUAAAAUUAUCAUUAAAUAAUAUUUUAUAUGAAAUUAAUUCAAAAUUAAAUGAGGAUAUAAAUGAUGGAAAAUGGCAUCAAUUAUCAUUUUAUCGUAUUGAUAUACAACAAUUUCAAUUGAUACUUGAUACAAUUGAAUAUUCAUUAUUUAUUGGAGAAGAACAACAACAAAUACGUUUUAAAGAUAAAUUAUAUUUUGGUAAACCACCAAUAACAUUAGAAACAAUAUCAUCAAAUGAUUAUUCUGUUAAAUUAUGUCUUGCAUCAUUAUCUGUUAAUCAUAUUCCCAUUAAUCUAAUGAAUUAUCGUUAUUAUGGAAAAACAAUUAUAACUAAUUGUAAUUUAAAUAAGGCAACAACAAAUUGUCCAACUAAAAAAUGUCGAAAUAAUGGACGAUGUACAAAUCAAACAAUAUCAUCACAAUUAUAUACAUGUGAUUGUAAACAUACAAGUUUUAAUGGACGAUAUUGUAUGAAUAUGAAACGUGGAUAUCGAUUUUAUGAAAAUGGUCCUGGUAUUACAUUUGAUGUUGAACAACUACAACGACAACAUAGUUUAGUAAAUGAUUAUCAUGAUAAUAAUCAUGAAACUAUAUCAUUUGGUAUAUUAACAAAAGUAAUGUCUGGUUGUGUUCUGCGUACAUCUAAUGGUAUUAAUACAUAUGAAGAUUAUUUACAAAUAGAUAUUUAUCAAGGACGUUUGAAAGUAUUACUGAUUUUUAAUAAUCAAGAUGAACGUGAACAAUUAAUCAAUGAUCAAGAAAUUAAUGAUGGAAAAUAUCAUCUAGUUGUAUAUAAAAGAACUUAUUCAUCUAUUCGUUUACAAAUUGAUAGAAAAAUAACAGAAAAACAACUAUCAAAUAAAAUUACUAACUAUAAAAUUAGAAAAAGAUCAGUUUAUCUUGGUUAUAACACAAUACUUAAACAGGGUUUCCAAGGUUUAUUGUAUGGUUUUGCAUACGAUAUUUAUAAUUUAUUUGAUUUGAUUUCUCCAACAUUCCAACAUAUUAAUUUUAGACCCUCAUCCAUGUAUAAUGGUUCUUCUUUUCUCGUAAAUCCACCUGACAUAGAUAAUCGUGAUAAUUUACUCACAUGUGACUAUAAUUUUAAUGACGAUUUCUGUGAUGAAGAAUUUGAAACUAAUUUAUUUUUACCAAAUGUAACGUUAAAAUCAUUAUUAGACUAUUAUCAAACAACUACAACAACUAUUAUGACUACAUAUACUUUUAUUUCAAGAAGUAAAACAUUAUCGUCAAACUUUUUUGAUUCAAGAGUGACGACUCGAUCGAUGAUUUCUUCUAUUUCAUUAGAUAAUCAAAAUAUAUCAUCGAUUAGUGAUAGUAAUACAGAUGUUUUACCACCUUUAGUUUCACCAAGAUCUAAAAUACGUUCAAAAUCCAAAUUUAAUAUUUGGUUAAUAAUAGCACCUGUUAGUGCGCUACUCGUCUGUCUCAUUAUACUUUUCAUCGGCUAUAUUAAAUAUAGAAGGAAAGAUGUCGGAACAUAUCAAGUCGAAGAAGCACAACGAUUUCGCCCAUUAAUUAUUGAAUUACAAAAUGAUCAAAAUUCACCUACUAAUAAUAUAUCAUCAUCACAAAAUCAUAAGAAAAAAACAUCAAAAAAGAAAAAGAAAAAACGAAUUGGUGUAAAUGAAAAUAAAGAGUGGUAUAUUUAA